ACCAGGGUAUGGUGAUAAUCUAGGGUGAAGUUGGUCACUGUGUAGAGGGAGAUAAUUAAGGAAGAGAAUGGAGCCCACAAUGAAGCUCCAGCUGUUACUACUACUACUACUAGUUGCAGCUCUCUCUCUCUCCCCAUCUCUCUCUCUCUCUUUCUCUCGUUGAACACUUCAUCUUCUUGGUUCUUUCUUCCCUCAAGAUCUGGUUACUAUAUACUCCUAUACGUACACAUUACACACACUCCCAUAUCAUCUUGUUGCUUCUUUUCACCAUUAAUACGCACACCUAUACAUACAUCAGGCUGCUGCAGGCAGGUGCAACAGCAAUUACUUGUACAGAUCUAGCUACUUCAAUUCUCAGAAUUCUACGGCAUUUCAGCGAUGGGAAGGAAAGGAAAUUGGUUUUCGUCUGUCAAGAAAGCUUUUAGUCCAGAUUCCAAGGACAAGAAAAACAAGAGAGCAAACAAAUCAAAAAAUUCGGUUGAGAAGGAAAAAUCUUCAAGUCCUGAUUUUUCCACUUUAGAAACCAUCAGCACCUCUCAGCAUCUUCCUCCACCACCGGUGGUUCAAACAACCGAAAUAGUGGAUGAGCAGUCUAAAUAUGCUUAUUCUGUUGAAGAUGCCAAUACUUCAUCCUAUGUGCCUGCUGUUGAAGCUCCCGAGGUCGUUACAGAAGUUGUUCGACCCACUCCAGUAACUCGCUUCACGGGAAUGUCAAGGGAAGAAGUGGCUGCCAUCAGGAUUCAGACGACAUUCCGGGGAUACCUGGCAAGAAGGGCAUUGAGGGCCUUAAGAGGCCUUGUCAGGUUAAAGUCACUAGUUGAAGGGGCCACAGUCAAACGUCAGACCACAAAUACUUUACGAAGCAUGCAAGGUAUAUCUCGUGUGCAGUCCCAGAUCAACAAUAGGAGGAUCAGGAUGACAGAGGAGAAUCAAGCUCUUCAGAGGCAGCUUCUGCAGGAGCGUGCAAAAGAACUUGAGAGCUUGCAGAUGGGGGAGGACUGGAAUGACAGUGCACAGUCAAAGGAACAAAUUGAAGCAAAGCUACUGAGCAAGUACGAAGCAACCAUGAGAAGAGAAAGAGCAAUGGCUUAUUCAUUCUCUCAUCAACAAACAUGGAAGAAGUCUGCAAGAACUACAAACCUACUUUUUAUUGACCCUACUAAUCCUCAAUGGGGAUGGAGUUGGCUGGAACGCUGGAUGGCAGCCCGUCCAGAGUCUAAAACAGAGAAAGAAGUUACUAAUGGUCAUUCCUCAGUUAAGGGUGCGAGUCUGAACUUCGCUGGAAAUGAAAUUGCCAAGUCCUUUGCUCGGCACCAACUAAAUUCUGAUAAACCUAUUGCACCAGUUCAACGCAAGCUAAGUAGUCCUUCUAAUCUCCAGUCCCCCUCAAUUCCAUCAUCCAAGGUAACAUCACCAAAACCGGCCAGAAAAUUUAAGCCUCCAAGCCCAGGAGCAAGUGUAAUGAGCAUAGAUUAUGAUUCAAAGAGCAUGAUGAGUGUGCAGUCAGAACAGAAUAGGAGGCACAGCAUUGCUGGAUCAUCUGUGAGAGAUGAUGAGAGUUUAGCAAGCUCUCCAUCAGUUCCAGGUUAUAUGGCAGCUACACGCUCUGCGAAGGCGAAAUCACGUAUGCAAAGUCCAUUGGGCAUGGAGGAUGGAACUCCAGAAAAAGUACCAGCAGGUUAUGCGAAGAAGCGGCUUUCUUUCCCAGCUUCACCAGCCAGGCCAAGGCGGCAUUCAGGUCCACCAAGGUUGGAUAGCACCUCUAUUGCAGAUAACAACGUGAAUGAUAUCCCAGUCAAUUAAAUUUAUUUACCAAUGUGAAGCAGGAGGAACAGGGUUUAUGAAAGGGGGGAGAUAGUAAAUUAAACAGAAACACAACAGUUACUUCAUAUGCUCAAACUUCACUCCUUUUUUUUUUCCCUAAUUUUUUUGUUGGUUAAAAUGAGUUUCGGGGUGCAGAAUUUGGCUUCUUGGAUGAGUCUUUCCAACAGUCUCUCAGUGGUUGAGGGAUUUGAAUCAUCUCAGAAAGAACCUCAUUUACAUUUGUUUGAUUGCUUUUAUGAAUGUAGUAAAUUUUACAUGUUUCAUAUCUGUACUCAAUAAGCUCCAAUUGUUAUUUGCAAUAUUUGUACAAAGUACAAACUAUGUGUUCAUGUAAUUAUGAUAUUGCUUAUGCGUGAGGGUUUUUAAGGUGUAAGCCACAUUUUGAAAUUGACAAUGUAAUAAGCGAUGUUUGAAAUUGACAAUAAUAUUAUUUAUAGAUCCUUACUUUA